CUUUGAAGAUCGAAGUAGUUGAAGAAGUAGACGAGCUUCGACUUUAGAGAAAUCUACGUAGGAAUAGGACGGCAAUAUGUCGCGGAAAGCUGUAGACUCGCGCAUUCCUACUCUAAUUCGAAAUGGCCUCGCCGAGCACAAGCGAAGCUUCUUCGUCGUCGUCGGCGACCAUUCCAAAGAUGCCAUUGUCAAACUUCACUUCAUAAUGUCCCAAGCUGACUUGCGGCAAAACAAGUCAGUUCUUUGGGCCUACAAGAAUAAGCUCCUCGGCUUUUCCAGUCACCGGAAGAAGCGAGAAAACAAGAUCAAGAAGGAAGUCAGCCGCGGUAUCAGAGAUGCGAAUACGGAAGAUCCCUUCGAGCUUUUCGUUUCGCUUCAUGACGUCAGAUAUGUUUACUACAAAGAGACCGAUAAGAUUCUAGGUAGAACAUUUGGAAUGUGCAUCCUUCAAGAUUUUGAGGCCCUCACCCCGAAUACUCUAGCGCGCACUAUCGAGACCGUCGAAGGAGGAGGUUUGGUUAUCUUACUAUUGAAAGGAAUGGACAGUUUGAGGCAGCUCUACACACUUUCAAUGGACGUACAUUCACGAUACCGAACCGAAGCCCAUCACGAUGUCGUCGCGAGAUUCAACGAACGAUUCCUACUUUCUUUGGGCCGAUGCGAGUCUUGCCUGGUCAUUGACGACGAAUUGAACGUCUUACCGAUAUCUGGGGGAAGAGGAGUCAAGCCUUUACCGCCAAUAGAAGAGUCAAAGUCCCCGGAGGAGAUCGAACUAGAGAAAAUCAAGGAUUCGCUCCAAGAUACACAACCAAUAGGAUCCCUAGUCAAACUUGCGCGGACAAAAGACCAAGCGGAGGCGUUGAUUACGUUCGUUGAUGCUAUAUCCGCUAAAACGCUUCGUAAUACAGUAUCCUUAACAGCUGCUCGUGGUCGCGGAAAAUCAGCUGCAUUGGGUGUUGCUAUCGCGGCUGCCGUAUCUUACGGCUACAGUAACAUUUUCGUCACAUCUCCCUCCCCAGAGAAUUUGGGCACACUAUUCGAAUUCGUAUUUAAAGCGUUCGAUGCGUUGAACUAUCAAGACCAUACAGAUUAUUCUAUCAUCCAAUCCACAAACCCAGACUUCAAAAAGGCGAUUGUUAGGGUCAAUAUCUUCCGAAACCAUCGACAGACUAUCCAGUAUAUCCGACCGCAAGAUGCACAUGUGCUCGGACAGGCCGAGCUUGUCAUCAUUGAUGAAGCGGCGGCGAUUCCACUGCCAUUGGUUCGAAAGCUCCUAGGUCCUUAUACAGUCUUCAUGGCCUCUACGAUAAGCGGUUAUGAAGGUACUGGACGUUCGCUAUCACUAAAACUCAUCAAGCAACUAAAAGAGCAGGCUGCGACGAGCGUAGCUCAGGAUGGCGAGACACGAAGCCCAAGAUCCCUCAAAGAAGUCACCCUCGCUGAACCGAUUCGUUACGCGAAAGGAGAUGCAGUUGAGAAGUGGUUAAACGCUCUUCUCUGCUUAGAUGUUACGCCCUCGAAACCCAAAAAUAACAUAUUCCCCGAUCCAUCCCAGUGUCAGCUCCUACACAUCAACCGCGAUACCCUAUUCUCCUUCCACCCAGUACCAGAGAGGUUUCUGCGACAUAUGGUGGCCCUUUUCGUAACUAGCCACUAUAAAAAUACCCCAGAUGACAUGCAACUCAUGAGCGAUGCUCCAGCGCAUGAACUAUUCGUUUUAACCUCAUCAACUAUCCAAGACAACGGAUUACCUGAGCCUUUGUGCGUAAUUCAAAUAGCACUUGAAGGUAAUAUCAGCAAGCAGAGUGUAAUGGCAGGCUUGGACAGGGGUCAGCGACCUGCAGGUGAUUUGAUUCCUUGGCUAGUCAGCCAACAGUUCCAAGAUGAUUUUGCUUCUCUAUCAGGCGCUCGCAUAGUUCGGAUAGCAACCCACCCAGAUUGUGUGUCAAUGGGCUAUGGAACGAAAGCUCUCGAGCUUUUAAUCGACUACUAUGAAGGCAAAUUCAUCAACCUGGGAGAAGACAACGAGCCCCAAACUAAGAAGGCAGCCAAUGUCAUUCCUGACCAUAUGAAUAAGGAUCGCGGUCUUCUUCUUGAAGAUAUCAAGGUUCGAGAUAUCGAAAAGAUGCAGCCCCUAUUCUCGAGAUUAUCGGAACGCAAGCCAGAGGACCUCGAGUAUGUUGGUGUGAGCUACGGUUUAACUCAACCCCUCCAUAAGUUUUGGUCGCGCGCCGCCUUUGCACCUGUGUACUUGCGACAAACAGCCAAUGAUCUUACAGGCGAGCAUACUUGCGUGAUGCUUAGGCCACUAAAAGAUGACCGAGAAUGGCUCGGAGCCUUUGCCUCUGAUUUCCACCGCCGUUUCCUUGCCCUACUCUCCUAUAAAUUCCGAGAAUUCCUCUGCGUUCUCGCAUUGAGUAUAGACCAGUCUGCUACAGCAGGCGCUCAAUUGGAUCCAUCGAACCAGCUACCCGAAUUGACUAAGUCAGAGCUGGAUAGAUUGUUAACACCUUUUGAUUGCAAGAGAUUGGAAUCUUACACGAGGGGUGUACUGGAUCACCAUGCCAUCCUCGACCUCGUUCCUAAGCUCGCAGAUCUAUACUUUACAGGUCCUUUAAAACCAAGCGUCAAGCUUACGGGUGUGCAACGGGCCCUCUUGCUAGGUAUCGGUUUACAACGGAAAGAUGUGGGCGCCAUAUGCACAGAACUGUCUUUGGAGUCAUCCCAAGGCUUGGCUAUGUUCAUGAAGAUCAUCAGGAAAAUCACAGCACAUUUCUCAUCGCUGAUCUCAUCAGCUGUCGAGGCGAAUAUGCCGAAAUCUGAUGCGAUCGGAGUCAGCAGAGAAAAUGCAUCCGGUGUCCACGAUGACGAGGCCGUAAACGACAAAUACGCGCCGUUGGAAAUGAGUCUAGAUGCUGAGCUGGACGAAGCCGGUGACGAGGCAUUACAGGAAUUGCGCGCAAAGCAGAGGGAGCUUAUAGAUUCUCUUCCCCUCGACCAAUACGAGAUCGAGGGCGAUGCGCCCGGCUGGGAAGAGGCAGAGAAACAGGUCUUAAGAGCGACCAAGGAAGGGCGCUCCAACCCGGUCGUCAGUGUGAAGUCUAAGCAGAGCAAGCGGAAAGCCGGCGUGACGGCAGCAGAGGUCUACGAGGAGGCGUUCGGGGAGAAGAAGCAUAAAAAGGCUAAGAAAUCUAGGAAAGGCGGAGGUGACUAAGCGGUCGUGUAAUCUAGACGUUGAUGAAAGCUCGGGGGGUUGGGUGCGUGUAUAUACAUUUGAUGUCGCAAAAUGAUACCAGGUUUUAGAUAUACGGAACGGGCGAGUCUCGGUUUCUUUAUGGUUUAAGGGUGUUUCUGACAGUUUUCUCAUAGUGCACUGUUCAGUAUGAGAGUCUUCAAUAGGGGGUUCUUAUUACCUAAUCCUAUGCCACUUUAC